CUUCAUUUUGUUGACAUCUUUUAACACACACCUUUGCAAUGACAUUUGACAAUUGUAAGCAAAAGUUGUGCAUAGCGUCGCUUGGUUUCUUUAUUAGUUGUGUUAGCUACUAAAGUAUAACAUUGUUUCCAAAAAACUUUAAUAAAAUAUUUAUACCGCACGAUAAAUAUAAUAUAACACUCUAAUAUAAUUAUAAUAACGAAAAAUACGAGGCAGCAAAUAACAGUUCAACUCGUUCAUCAAGCAAUAACAUGCAAAAGUCGGAAGAACCAACUGCAACUGCUAGCUUAGUAACUAAGAAGAAAACUCGCAAAACAGAAAAAGCAGCAAUUGAUAAAUCUUCGGAUCAAAAUAAGGUAAACGAGGCGAACGCAGAAUAUAUGGAUGAUAAAGUUGAAGAAGAAGCCGGCGCUGGCCAAAAGCCUAAGGGACAUACUAGAUCAACUCGUUCAUCAAGUUCGGCCAACAACAAGCGUAAGUCCGAAGAACUAAUUACAAGUAGCGGAGGAUUAGUAAUUAAAAAGAAACCUCGUAGAAUUAAUAAAUCUUCGGAUCAAAAUAAGGUGAACGCGGUGAACGCAGAAUAUGUGGCAAAGGAGGUUAAAGAAGAAGCCGACGCUGGGAAAAAAACCAAAGCAUAUACAAGAUCAACUCGUUCAUCAAAUUCGGCCAACAACAAGCGUAAGUCGGAAGAACUAAGUAAAAGUCGCACUACUUCAGUAACUAAAGAAAAAACUCUUAAAGAUAAAGAAAUAGCUAAAUCUUCAGAACAAAAUAACUUAUAUGGCUUUGACAAAGGCUUAGUUGCUGAAAAAAUUCUUGGUGCAUCGACCUCUAAUGGUUUACUUGAAUUCCUUAUUCAAUUUAGAGGAGUUCAGCAGCCAGAAAUGAUUCCCGCAUCAGUGGUUAAUUUAAAAAUACCACAAAUGGUUAUUAAAUUUUAUGAGCAACACAUUGUGUUGUAUUCGGAUAACGAACCUAACUAAAAAUAAAUACUUCAGCAUA